CUCAGUGGCAGCCAUUUUGGUUAGUAUUGAAUUAGAUGGUUAACUCCAAGGAAUAAUUCUYAAUUCGCUGGUUAAAACCUCAUAAAAGUUGCGGGACAUGGCUACWCGAAGAUCAGGCCAGCUAGUCCAACGCAGCACAACUCAUUCUGAGAAAAAUCCCGACGAWAAUCCAGAUAUUGAAAAGCUAGAAGGUUACGAUAGCGAUGAGGCGGGCGACAAGAAAGAGGUCAGACUGACWUUAAUGGAAGAAGUUUUGCUGAUUGGUCUGAAAGAUAGAGAGGGCUACACGUCGUUCUGGAAUGACUGUAUAUCAUCUGGUCUUCGAGGAUGUAUGAUGAUCGAGCUUGGAUUGAGAGGUCGUAUYGAGCUAGAGAAAACUGGCAUGAGGCGACGUAGUUUACUUAACAGGAAAGUCAUAUUUAAAAGCGACAGUCCUACGGGAGAUGUUCUAUUAGACGAAGCUUUAAAGCAUAUUAAAGAAACCGACCCUCCAGAAACAGUUCAGAACUGGAUAGAACUACUCAGUGGAGAAACAUGGAACCCCUUGAAAUUAAGGUAUCAACUUCGAAAUGUCCGUGAACGACUGGCAAAGAAUCUUGUAGAGAAGGGUGUCUUAACAACAGAGAAGCAGAAUUUUCUUCUUUUUGAUAUGACAACACAUCCUGUGAUAGAUUCAACAGUGAAGCAACGUGUAGUAAAGAAGGUACAGGAUGCCAUGCUUUUGAAGUGGGUCAAUGACCCACAUAGAAUGGACAAACGCUGCCUAUCUCUAAUUUACCUGGCACACUCAUCAGAUGUUCUGGAGAAUGCUUUUGCUGCCCUUUCGGAUGACGACUAUGAACUUGCAAUGAAGAGAGUACGUGAACUGUUAGAUGUAGAUCCUGAAAUGGAGUCUCAGAAGCCACAGACCAAUGAAAUGAUGUGGUGUGUUAUAGCRGCUUUUAUYAAAUAACACAUUCWUKAGAACUAUCUUUAUUUCUUUAAGCAGGGUUAAGUUAAGGCAAACUCAAACAGUGCAUCGAUCAACUACUAAAAAUAUAAAAUCAUCCAAAAGGUCCUUGAAUACCAAUAGUUAUUUUAGUCAAAUUUGAAAAGACAUCUUCUCUAUAUCUCCAAAAGUUUCAUUUCUAUAGAAUGCUAGAAAAGUCAAGAGAUAUUGGAUAUGCCGAAAGGGCAUCUUUGUUCUUUCUGUAGUUUGUAAUGAUUUAGCGAUACUUUGUGUCUAUGAUAUCGGUUAUUGUGGCAAUCAUGUUGACUCUAACCCUCAUACAAGAUGUUUUGUUCAUACAACCAAUCAUUUCUGAAUGACACAUUGAURACUAUGGCUAAGAUUAAUAUGAAGUAUUGCUAAGAGGAUGAAUUUAGUCUGUAGCAAAAAAAAAAUUUUUUUUCAAUUUUCUUUUGCAAAGUCAUAUUUCCACCCUGAUAAACAGGGAGAUUUUAUCGUACAGGUGUAGUUCUAAUGUCAAAUAUAGUGUUAAUUAGGUUAUGAAUAAUAAUCAUUGUAUAACAAUAAAUUCUCAAUUUUUAUGUUAU